UCCAGAUUAUUUAUUGGAAAUCUCCCUGUUAAUAGCAUAACAAAGCAAAAUAUGUGGAGAAUCUUCAAGCAGUAUGGAGAUGUAAUUCAAAUAAGUAUUAAACCUGGUUAUGGCUUUUGUCAGUUCAGAACCAUUGAACAAUGUAAUUCUGCCAUUGAAGGUGAAAAAAAUGUUCCUUUAUAUGGCAAAAUAAUGCAUUUAGAAGCCUCU